AUGCCGUCACUCCCGCCCAACGUCAACGUCUCAACCCACCCGAGCAUCCAGGCCAAGCUCAGUCAGCUCCGGUCCCAAUCAACCACAGCGCGCGAUGUCAAGACCCUGAUCCACGAGAUCACUCUCCUCCUGUCAUCCGAGUCUCUGGCCAGGGCUCUCUCCCCCACACAAGGGCCAAAGGACAAGACCCCCCUCGGGUUCGAAUAUACCACCACCACCGUCUCCCCUGGAACGAUAUCCAUCGUACCCAUUCUACGAUCCGGUCUAGCCAUGGUAGAGGGCGUCCAGACAAUCCUCCCCUCUCCAGUACCAGUUCAUCACCUAGGAAUGUAUCGUGAGACCACGACCCUCCAACCGGUAGAAUAUUACAACAACCUGCCCCAGCAUGCGGUCACCUCCAGAAGCGGUAGCGCCGACGGCGACGACGCCCAGGGUCCCAGCGCCUUGGCCAUCAUCGUCGACCCCAUCAUCGCGACGGGGAACACAUGCGCUGCCGCCGUCGCCACCCUGCGCGAGUGGGGCGCCGAGCGUAUCGUUGUGCUCAGCGUGCUGGGUGCGCACGAGGGUAUCAUCCGUGUCGCCGAGGAGUGGUCUGACGGGACGGAGAUCUGGGUCGCCGGCGUGGACGGGGAGAUUACGCCCGAGGGGAUGCUGAAGCCUGGACUUGGUGAUGUCGGCGACAGGUUGUUUCUGACGCUGGGGAAGUAG